UUGUUUAAUUUCAUGGAAACAGUUUUAUAAAUAAAUUUAAAGCUUUGUAACGGGAAGUAAAUCUGUUUAUCCAAUUAAAACGAGGCUUGUUUCGCCUUCAGAUCUGCCGGUAGCCGUGAGCAAAUACUUUGUUAAAAAAACUACGACAUUGUGGCAUAAUGUAUUUUUAUCAAAACAAUGUCUAUCUUACAAACAGACGACUGUUUGCUAUGUUGCUAUUUUGUCUAAAACAUAAUUGUUUUGACAGUCUGUGAAAUACUCGUAUACUUGGAAUAGUUUCGAUACAAUCGAAUGGACCCAAAAUAUGGAAUUAAAUUGUUUGUUCAGAUACUAGUGAUGAUCUGAUAACAGAUAAAAAUGGCGACCGCCAGUCCAGGUCAAGCUUCAUCGACAAAGGCGCAGCAGAAUCGCUGCCGUCUGUUUCGUCUUCAAAUGCUGAUUAUAGACGGUGGACUACAAAUACUAAGAAAUAUUAUAGAUAAGAAACUUCAAAAUGUCUCUCUUAGCGCAUUUUUGCAACAGGAAAGGUCAACAAUAACCAAACUAAGAUCACGCGGAAUAAUUACGCAGGUACAAUAUGAUCUGCUGUUUCCAUCAGGUGGCAGCGGGCCAGCUACAACAGAUCUAGACAUCACGUUGAUCAUAUGCCUCCUUAGGAACAUCAAGUCAUUCGGACUGAACAAGAACUUUCAAUGGAACUCAAUUCCUCCACAAGGUGAUACUUCAGUUGAGGCUGAUAUUUCUCGUCUGAAAGAAUACAGGAACGAGCUCAGUCAUAUAUCUUCAACAAGUGGAAUAACGCUGAAUGUUUUCACAACAAAGUGGACGGAGAUCGAACAGGUUCUUUUGAGGCUGAAUACGACGGUGUCUCCCAUACAAGACCUUCAAACAAUGAUUGAUGACUUUAAAGUCAAUCCACUCGAUCCACAGGCGGAGAGAAGGGUCCAGAAAGCCAUAGACAGUUGGCGUAAGUUAGAAACGUGUGUAGAAGCUGAAUUAAAACUGUUGAAAAAGGAGGACGAGAAGAUAAAAUGUACUCUGAAAUCGCAAGAUCAAAUCACGAGAAAGCAUACACAGAGUAUUGGUGAAUUAAAAAAGAAAACGCGUGAACAUGAUAAACAAAUGCAUGAUCAUGAUAAACAAAUACAUGAUCAUGAUAAACAAAUACAUGACCAUGCUAAACAAAUACAAGAAUUAAAGGUAAAGGAAGAAACUAAAAAAGAUGACAAAGCAGAGACAGAAUCAAACUAUGAAGAAAGUAAACAAAGUAAGUUUUUUUGUCACUUUACUUUUAAUCCCUUUUCGCAAUUAGUAUAAAUUUGUAAGAAUCAAACAUACCAAAGGAUAACGUAUACAUCUAACGGCGUAUAUAGCUUACUGUGUGUUGUACGUACUCAUAAGUUGACAACGUACACAGCUAAUGUUUUUAGGUCAGUAGGUCAAAGGUAAAGUUCACUUAGGCCAUA